AUGAAUACCUCCAAUACGUUGGGGACCGAAACCCCCGAAACGAGCAAUUCGGCUCGUUCCAACUCUGGCCCGGUAUGGCUGUCGUCUAUGAGCUCAUUGUCGCCGCCUCCGCAGGAAAAUGCGUACGGCCAAAGCCCGUUAUUCACCCCGAUUGUCCCUCAACGGCCGUGGGAAAAUCCUUCGGCAUCGCCUCGAUCUAAUGCAGCUCCGCCCGAUCCGUCGGUUUCCAAAGUCGCUAUCCCUCGCCUCCCUGCUCCGGCUACUACCCGUGGACGACGUCGCUCGGCGCGGGCGUGCGAGGCUUGUCGAACUCGUAAAACAAAAUGCGACGGGGUCCGACCGAUAUGUGGUCAGUGUGCUUACCACAAUAAUCGCUGCACCUACGAAGAUGUGAAGCGAGUGCGCGACCAGAAGAUGCUCGAUAUCUUAGCCCGAAGAGUCGAUCGGUAUGAAACACUACUGCGCAGUUUGGAGGGAGAAAGCGAGCUUCCCACAUCGCGAAGGAUUCGGAAGGCGCUGAAGCACAAGGAUGGUAAAUCCUCACAAAUCAACGUUGAAGACUCCGACUCCGACUCCUCUAUCGGAUCCCUCGAGGCUGUGGAUCUUGUCGACGAAGAUGUCAACCGGAACGAAAACACUCGCGCAGCGGGCUAUUUCGGCAAGAACUCCGAGGUCGCGUGGAUGCAGCGCCUAGAGGAUAGCGUGGAGAAAGACCAUCGAUUACAAUAUACCGCCGCGUCGCAGUCCGAGAGUACCAAUGAAACGCUAUCACGUCUGCAAGAUCCCGUGGCCUGCGAUAUCCCCAUGGCCAUGAUGAACUACCAUCUCGAUGACCUAGACAUCCCCAUUGCAGACGAUGUCGAUCCUUUCGCUGUGCCGCCGCGCGAGCUCGCUGAUGAAUAUUUCAAUACGUAUAUGGCUUUCGUUCACCCGCAUUUCACCGCAAUUAGGAAACCGGCUUUUACUUCCCAAUACCGGCAGUUCUUUGACAUGUCGGCUAACCCGCCGAGGAAGUGGUUGGGGAUUCUCAAUAUGAUUUUCGCUAUCGGGUGUCGAUACUCGAGAAUCAUGGGUUCAACCAAGGUCUCCCAUGAGAACGAUCUGGUUUUCCUCUCUCGAGCCUGGCAUCUGAGUAUGCAAAGCAAUGUUCUUCUCGAACAUACCGAUCUCCAGCAGGUCCAGCUCGAGUUUCUGAUUGCGCUCUACCUACUCUGUCUAGGACAGGUCAACAGAGCAUCCAAAUUCUCAGGCAUGGCCCUACACUCUGCCCUAUCCCUCGGCAUAAACCUCCGCCUCACAGACGACCGCACCCACAACGCAUCCAAAGAAGCCCGUUGCCGCCUCUGGUGGUCCAUCUACUCUCUCGAACACCUCCUCACCUCAAUGCACGGGCGAGCCUCAGGCGUCGGCGAAAGCCUCUGCUCCGUCCCUGCCCCGAUCCCAAUUGAAGAAGAACACUUUGAACAACCCGACGUGCAACGCCUCUUCCAAGACCACCACACUCGCGAAUCCCAACUCCGCGCAACAAUCUUCGAAACUCCAACCCCCCAAAACACCUCCACCUGGAUAUCCCAGUGCGAUCCCAGCCCAUCCCUCUUCUUCUACUACCUCGUCGACCUAGCCAUCAUCUCCCAAGCCGUCCUCAACAAAGUUUACAGCAUCGAAGGCAUCCGUGAGGGAGCUUCCCAAACGGAAUACCGCCUUCAGAAAUACUCCCAGCUCAUGGACCGCUGGCUCGCUAAACUCCCGUCCCAUUACCAAUUCACUAUCCCCUCCUCCGGCCCUUGGCACCUCAACCAUCGUAAACUGGACGAUACCUCCACACCUUACAUCUACGAAUGCGUCUGUCUAGCAAUGACCUACUUCUCUGCACGAAUCAUCCUCUGCCGUCCCUGUCUCCCCCAUACCCAUACCGCCCAACCGCACGAAACCCGCAACAAACUCCGCGCCGACCUAGCUGCGCAAUGCCUCCAAGCCGCUUGCGCACUUAUCUCAAUCUUGCCUGACGAUCCAGACAUGGUCUGGCUUGCGCGCUUCACGCCCUGGUGGAAUGUUCUCCAUUUCCUGAUGCAGGCGACUACUGCCCUCCUGCUUGGAUUGUCGCACGCUUCGUUCUCGGCGAAUAAAUCGACUACGGAAUCUCCCAUGGCUCUUCCGUUGUCCGCAGAUGACCUCGAGGCUGCUGUCGCUGAGACUCGGAAGGUGUUUUUCUGGAUUCAUGCUAUGGCGUCUGUGGAUCCGGCUGCUCGGAGGGCUUUCUUCUUGAUUGAGGGGGUUAUCAGGCGCAUUGCGCCUUCGUUAAGUGUGGAUUUGAAGGAGUGGCCGUCUUCGAGUUCGUUCCCGCCGUCUGGAGCUGGGGAGAUGGAGGAGAGUUUGGAGGGGUUCGAUGAGUCGGUGGAUUUUGAGAGGGCGGGGUCUUUUGUUGAGUAG